AUGACUACUUCGAAAGCAAUCGCCACGUCGGAUUCUGGCAUCGCAAAAGAAUCCGGAGACACUCAAAUCGAGUAUGCUAGCUCACUCAAGUUGGGGGAUGAGAAGGGAGACUACUCUGGUGCGACAGCCAAGACUGAUGCCAGGGAGAUUGCCCUUGUGCGCAAGCUAGACAUGAGAAUCAUGCCUAUCAUGUGGGCUAUGUAUUUUCUGAACUAUAUUGAUCGCAAUGCGAUUGCCAAUGCACGUCUCGAUGGCAUCGAGGAGGAUCUCGGGCUGGUAGGAACUCAAUACAACACCUGUAUCUCGAUUUUGUUUGUUGGUUAUCUCUUGAUGCAAAUCCCGUCCAACAUGCUCAUGUCAUCGAAGAAGAUCAGACCUUCUCUCUAUAUGAGUAUAUGUAUGGCAAGCUGGGCAAUUGUAUCAGCUUGUACAGCCUUGACCAAGAACUAUAGGGGUCUCGUUGCUGUCCGCUUUUUCCUGGGUAUUACCGAAGCCCCAUUCUAUCCAGGAGCACUUUUUCUUCUAUCGCUGUUCUAUACACGAAAAGAGAUUGCUUUCCGCAUCUCCAUUCUAUACUCUGGCAACAUCGUCGCGACUUCAGUUGCCGGUCUGAUUGCGGCCGCUACAUUCGCUACUUUGGAUCAUCAUCUUGGUCUCAAGGGAUGGCAAUGGCUCUUCAUCAUCGAGGGUGCGGUUACAUUUGGUGUCGCAGGUCUCGGAAUUUUCAUGCUUCCGGACCAUCCUUUGAAUACACGAUGGCUCACGCCCAAAGAAAGACAGCUUGCCCACGAUCGCAUCCAGAAGGACACCGUCGGUGGUGAAGAGUCCAAAGGUGCUCUUGCUGGCUUGAAGCAAGCCAUGUGUGACCCACGCCUGUUCCUCUUAGCCUUCAUGCAAAACAUGCAUCUUAGUGCCUGUGGUUUCAACAACUUUUUCCCUACCGUGGUCGGAAGCUUGGGAUUUAAUAACACCAUGACCCUUGUUCUGACUUGCCCUCCCUACGUUUUCUCCGGUAUCUGCUGUGUUGUUGCUGGAAUAACUUCCGGUCGGUACAACGAGCGAACUUGGCACAUCACCAUCUCUAUGGGUCUAGCAGUUGUCGGAUACAUCAUUUCAUGCACGACUCUGAAUGUUGGAGCAAGAUAUGUUGCUUGUUUCCUAUUCGCUAGCGGUGCUUAUGCAGUUAACUCGGUCAUUUUGGGAUGGGUUUCGGCAACCCUGGGUCAAACUCCCGAAAAGAAAGCUGCUUCUUUGUCAUUCAUCAACGUGGUUGCAAAUGCCUCUUAUAUCUACACGGCAUAUCUCUACCCCAAGAGCGAUGGUCCUCGUUAUCUUACUGCCAUGUCAUCGAAUGCUGCCUUCGGCGUAGCAACAAUCGCUAGUGCUUGGGUGUUGCGAUUCUGGCUACAGCAUACCAAUCGCAAGAUCGACCAAAGAGGUACACUUGGUGCAGAUAUUUGUUAUGCAUACUAG